AUGACAAGUCGAAAUUUGACAUCAAAUUUUUUAGAAUUUCGAAAUCGAGCUGUACGAGAUAGAAAUUAUAAUACAGAUGAAAAAACAACAGACGAUCGUACGGCGUUGAUUGAAAAUGAUGAAGAAGAAAUUGUAUACUUCGAGAAAAAUUUACCACCAACCUGGAUAGAAUCACAAAGACGUAUUCAAUUACAAUUUGAUCAAGUUCGAAAUCGAAGCAAGUAG